AUGCCCGCACUUGCAGCCCCCGUUAGGUCGCUUCCCACCCUCCAGAAACUUGGAAGCACGGUCGACCGUAACCUUGACGCUCAAGCCGUUGCUAAAGAAUGGUUCCUAGGCUUUGCGGAUGCUAUGGGUUCCGGUAAUUGUAUACGAAUUGCAAGUCUGCUUCUCGAGGAUGCCUUCUGGCGUGACAUGCUGGCUCUCACCUGGGACUUCCAUACGUAUGAGGGAAGAGACACCAUCCAACAGUUCAUUGCUGAUCAGCUGCCGAAGUUUCAACCCUCUGCAUUCAGGAUUCGCAGUGACCUUAUACGACUAUAUGUGCCCUACGAUGACAUCGUAUGUAUUCAAGCCUUCUUCAACUUCGAGACCAUGGUGGGGUAUGCGUCGGGUAUUUUCCGACUUGUUCCCUUGGCAGAUGGUUCGUGGAAGGCGCAUACCGUAGGUUUCCCUGAGAAGAUUGGAGCCCUGAGAAACCACGAACCAUACCAUAAAAAGUGGACUGAAUCAAGGGAGAGAGAACGUGAAUUCCUCGAUGAGGAACCUCGUGUCGUUAUUAUAGGGGGCGGGCAGAGCGGAUUGACUGUUGCCGCGCGUUUGAGAGCGCUUGGUACCAAAGCUCUCGUGGUCGAACGAAACAGACACAUAGGGGAUAAUUGGAGGAACCGAUACGCGGCUCUUUUGCAUGACACUGUAUUGCCACUGCUGAAGGUUAGCCUAGGGUAUGACCAUUUCCCCUACAUGCCAUUCCCUUCCUUGUGGCCGGUUUACUCACCUGCAGCUAAACUCGGGGACUGGCUCGAGACCUAUGCUCAGUCUCUUGAACUAAAUGUGUGGACGUCUGCCAAGGUUACCUCGGUCGAACCGGGCGUGCAAGGAAAGAAGUGGGAACGUAUUUUCCAUGUCAAUCACGUCGUUUUUGCUUUGGGCUUCGGAAGUGGUCUGCCCAACAUACCCAACAUUACUUGUCAAGCGGAGUUUAAGGGCCAGAUUCUGCACUCGAGUCAACACAAGCGGGCAACGGAUCACCUAGGGAAAAAGGUGGUAGUCGUUGGUGCAUGCACAUCAGCCCACGACAUCUGUGGCGAAUACGUUGCCCAUGGAAUCGACGUUACAAUGGUCCAGCGAAGUUCAACCUUCGUAAUGUCAGCGAAAGAGGGGAUUCCAAGACUGACAGGUGGGCUUUACCUCGAGAGUGGUCCCCCUACAGACAUUGCCGAUCGCAUAAGCGCAUCAUUUCCGACCUUCCUUCUUAAACUCGUGCACCAACGAGUGGUGAAAGACUUAGCUGAGGCCGACAGAGACAUCUUGGAUGGCCUCCGCAAAGUGGGAUUCAAGUUGAACGUGGGAGAUGACGACUCUGGUCCUUUCCCGCUAAUUUGGAAAAAGGGUGGGGGUUUUCACUUUGACGUUGGGGCAUCGCAACAGAUCAUCGACGGGAAAAUCAAGCUAAAAAGCAACGGGAGUAUUACUAGGUUCACACCGAACGGAUUGUUAUUUGAGGACGGUUCAACCCUUGAAGCGGAUGUAGUCAUCUUGGCCACUGGCUACGCGGAUGGGCGUAUUGCGUAUCUCCAGUUGCUACCAAGUCACUUGCAUGAUGCCGUUCAACCCCUUUGGGGCCUCGACGAGGAGGGAGAAUUGUACUCCGUAGCCCGCGAAAUCGGAGGACGAGGUCCCCAGGCUGCGAAAGUCGCUGGACUAUGGGCAAUGUUAGGCAAUUUGGCCAUGUGUCGUUUCCACUCCAAACAUGUUGCAUUGCAAAUCAAGGCUUAUGAAGAAGGCAUAUUUGGCGAGCGGUACUGA